ACCAUGGAUAAUGUUUCUAUUGUAAGAAUUUUCACUCUCUCUGGGAUAAAUGAGACAAUGAAUUACAGACUUACUAUUUUCGCACUCACUUUACUGUAUUACUGUGUGAUUUUGUUUUUCAAUAUCUCUCUCAUCACUAUCAUUAUCGUAGAUGAAAACCUGCAUGAACCUAUGUACAUUUUAUUGUGUAGUUUUUGCAUUAAUGGACUUUAUGGAACCACAGGUUUCUACCCCAAAUUCCUUUUAGAUUUACUGUCGUCUUCUCAAGAAAUCUCAUAUGAAGGAUGUCUCGUACAGGCUUUUGUCAUGUACUCAUGUGCUUGCUGUGAUUUGUCCAUUCUAGCAGUUAUGGCCUAUGACAGGUAUCUGGCUAUAUGUCGACCACUGCACUACCACUCUUUUAUGUCUAAGAGGAAGCUCUCUGCGCUGGUAUGUUUCUCUUGGCUGACACCUUUCUGUAUUUUCUCCAUCAGUAUUAUACUAACAUCCAACCUGAAGUUAUGUGGUUCGAAAAUUCAAAAACUCUUUUGUGUGAACUGGAUAAUUGUUAAACUUGCUUGCUCUGACACUGACACAGUUUCAAAUAAUAUUAUUUCAUAUGCAACAAUUUUCAUUUAUGUGUUUCACGGCUUUUUCAUAAUUUGGACUUACAUGCAUCUCAUUAGGACUUGUGUGAAGUCCACAGAUGACAGGAUAAAGUUUAUGCAGACAUGUGUGCCCCAUUUAAUUUCUUUAGUUACAUUCCUUGUUGUAAUUGUUUUUGAUUUGAUGUACAUGCGAUUUGGCUCCACAGAUUUACCUCAGAGCCUUCAAAACUUCAUCUCUAUAGAAUUUCUCCUCAUUCCUCCACUUAUGAAUCCUCUAAUAUAUGGAUUUAAACUGACCAAAAUAAGACACAAAAUUCUGUGUUUAAUUCAUGUUGGAAGAAAAUAA